ACACAUGAGAGUACACACAAAGGAAAAGCCUUAUAAAUGUACUUUGUGUAGCAAAGCCUUUACUCAAAAACAUCAUCUUCAGAAACAUGAGGGAAUACAUACCAAUGAAAAGCCUAUUCAAUGUGAUGAAUGUUGCAAGACCUUUUCUCAUAAGAGUACUCUGAUGGUGCAUAUGAGAAUACAUACAAAGGAAAAACCAUACAAAUGUGGUCACUGUAGCAAAGCAUUCUCUCAAAAACAUCACCUAGAAAAGCACAUGGGAGUACAUACAACAGAAAAGUAUUAUUGUUGUGGAGAAUGUAAUCAGAAAUUUUCUCAUAAAAAUACUCUGGACGUACACAUGAGAAAACAUACAAAUGAAAAACCGUAUAAAUGUGUUGUUUGUAAUAAAUCAUUUUCCCAGAAACAUCAUCUAAAGAAACACCUGGGAAUACAUGCAAAACAAAAGCCUGAUAACUGUCAGGUGCAGUCAGAGGAGAAAGUAUAAAGGAUUUUAAUGUAGAACAUCAUCCACAUUCAGUAAUGUAAAAGCAGCUGUGGAUCUAGAUACUUUGUACAUUUGUAACCAGAUAUAUUUAUCCAUACAUCUUUAAUAAGUAAGGGAUAUCAGUUGACUAAUCACAGCAUCAUAAAACUUAACAAUUGUGUUAUUGAAAUAUAUUGUUUCAUAUGUAGUAGAAAUGUUUAGCCCAUUAGCUGUUAUUCUGAAAAAAUCAUACUUCUUGUCUUUACACAAAUAAGUGUGUGUGUGUGAUUACUAACAAUCAAAAGAAAUACUUUGUGUUUUCAUUAUAUAUUUGUAUUUUUAACUGUGUACAUAGCUUAUUUUUACGCAAAUAAAAAACCCUUUUUUAUUAUAGAGAUGUUCCUCUGACAGAUUUAUGCACUGCUCACUCUCUAACCUUCAAUGUAAGUGAUUAGAUGCAUUUACUUAAAAUUGUUGACUGAGUAUGAUACAAAUGACAGAUAAAUUAUUUGUACAUAUACAGACAACC